AUGGCUGGUAGCACUGCAGCCACCAGCGCCCUCCUGCCUCCGGUGAAGAACGUGGUGGUGUACAGGAAUGGUGACCCCUUCUACAGUGGACGGAGGUUCGUGGUCAACCAGCGGCAAGUGGGCACCAUGGAGGCUUUUCUGAACGAGGUGACCCACAACAUCGGUGCCCAGCUCGCCAUCAGGACCCUGUACACCCCGAGGCAGGGCCACAGGGUCGCAGACCUCCAGGACCUUCGGACGGGAUCCCAGUACGUCGCUGCUGGCUUUGAGAGGUUCAAGAAACUGGACUACCUGAGCGUGGGAGCAAAAAAGCAGCCUGCCACCCGUGAAGAACCCCAGGCUAAAGCAGCACAGAGGCCAAAUGUCUCGGCUAAAUGGAGGAAGUUUAUACCUUUGCCCUGCAUCAUACAUGUUUUCCGUAAUGGCGAUAUCCUAUGUCCGCCAUUUCGGUUCAUCAUUCCUCGGAGCACGCAGCAGGAUCUGGAGCAGGUCCUGGGUCUGGUCACAGAGAAGGUCUGUCUGCGAACAGGAGCCGUGCGCAGGUUGUGUUCUAUGGAGGGAGUGACUGUGACCUCGGCCGGGGAGCUGGAGACCGGCCACUGCUACGUUGCCGUGGGAACCGAGAGGUUUAAGAAACUUCCAUAUGUGGAGCUGCUGGUUUCAAACGCUGCAGACAGAUAUUACCCAGGAAAGAGAAGGCUGAUGAGAAGAGCUGAGAACAGGAAAACAGGAAGUGGUCCAGCAGACCAGUACAGCGACUCUGCUCUCCUCGACUCCCCAGAGUCAGAUGGUCGGAGGGUGAAGUCAACAGGAGACGAAGCUGGACCUCCACAAGCCUCCCAGCAGAGGAGCAGGAGACAGGGAGCAGAUGAGAUGUCUGUAUUCUUUGCCAGGCCGGUGAAGAUCCGCAAGAACAGAGGUCAGACAAGACUAAUGGAUCUGGUCAGGAGCUUCCAGCCCAGCAUCUUUAAAAGAGCGGCACGGAAGAGGAGAGAGGAGAUGCGAGGAGCUGAGGAGGUGCAGGAGGAUGAGAAUACAGCAACAGAGAUUCCUGUUGACCAGAGAGUGGCAGAAACAGUGGAGGAUGAAGAAGGGAACCACAGAGACGAUCCUCUGCACAGCACACAGCAGAAGGCAGAAUCAUCUCAACAAAAUGGUGUAGAACUGACAGAGAACUGGACGGAGAAGUCUGCUGAAAUACAGGAACCUGAGCUGAAGCACACAACUCCAAGACCUUCAUCCUCCACUUCUCAGGAUUCUCAGGGAAAGAAAACGGAGGAAAAGGCAAGUGUACCCACCUCACAAUGUAAUCACAUGACAUUAUCAUCAUAAUCACCAUGACCAGGCCCAGUGAAGAUGCUUUCACUGUUUUAAUGAAUUGUUCUAACAGGUUAACCCACAAGAUGUCCCAUCAAACCUAGCAGAACAGAACCACCAUGAGGACAACUAGUGAAUGAGGAGCACGGAGGAUUCAAGGUCCCGUCAGCAUAAAGCAUAACAAGCCCUGACCCACAGCAGAUGACCAGGCUGUUACUGCUUCAGCAGACCCUAUGCAGCUGAAUGAAUGUUAUAGUUAGUAGAACUGAAACUGUGGUGAUGAGACAAGUGACAUCAAUUUAUGUUGUUUUGUUUUAGAAAGAGAGACAAGAAUGUGAUUUUGCUCAGACGUCAUUAGAACAAACAAAACAGGAAGUGGAGACAAUAUCAGAAACUGUUGUACGAUACAUUUGUAAAGACAAAUGAUCAAAGAGUGAAAUCAUAAACUAUAUUUAAUGAUGGAUAUCACGUCUCCAUUUCCUCCCACUAUCCACAAAUGAGGCCCAAGUAUCCCGGAUAUGAACGCUGCCAUCUUGUGCAUUCAAGCAUAAAUAUGGCAAAGGUCCAACUCAACCAGUUGUCAGUCAUUUUAUCUUGAAAGUAUCAAAUAAAUAUUAAAAACAACGAGCACUCGAACAAACCUAUAAUGAUAGAAAUUGUCUUUGCGAAAAAGAGUAUUUAGAUAUAUUUAUUUAGAACUACAGCCAUGCUAGCACCUCUCUCAAGCCUUACCCAGGUGCAGUGGUGUUAAAUGCCAAAUUCUGCAUGUUAGCAUAAUCCUUGUGAUAGUGCUAUCACUGGCCUAGUUUAGUGUGUUAGCAUGCUAACACUUUCUGACUAGCAGUAAACAGCUGAGGAAGAUGUAACAUAAACCAGUGUUGAAACUGAAAUUUUAAACUUGGGAUAGUUUGGGAUAUAAGUUGACUAAGCACUUCAUCCAACACUUUAAAUUGUCAUCCCCAGAGCCACACUACUAGCAUAGCUAAGAAUAGACUUAGCACCAUAAGCUUCACGUGGGUUGUAUUUGUUACAGGGAUUUGCUUUUGAUUUCAUUAUAUUGUAAAGUGUAGAUGAUAUUGUGACCACACUGUUUUACAGGGGAAAUUAUGAUUUAGAUGUGAGUAGAUUAUGAUGUGAGGCAUUAAUUUACAAUGUGUACAUAAGAGACCAUAUUUGUGACAUUUGAAGUCUUAAGUGUGUCUGAUAUGUGAAGAACAAACAUGAAAAAUGAUGUUUUGCUAACAUUUUUUUUAUUUCAUUUCAACUACAUGAC